UUCUCCUUCCUUCACGUACCUUUCAAAGUUGUCGUUUUUUUUUCUCCCCUUCCCCGCCGUAACUCCAACCUUUCAUUUUUCGAUUCUAAAUUUCAGAAUUCACACACAAACCCUAAUAAUUAAUUUCUCAAGUUCAUGGUUGGUUUCAAAAUUAGGGCAAAUUGGUCCUCAUUCGAAGGACCUUUGCCGUUGAUGAACACAGACUAACUUUGAUCAAUUGAUCGGAGAAAUUGAAAUUAGGGGUUUUGGGUUUUUUAUUUGAUUUUUUUGAUGGAAAUUAUUCGCCCUUGUACUUGUAAUGGAAGAAACCAGAACGGGUCUGGAAUUUGUGGAUUAUGUGGAAAUCUUGGAAUGGUUUCGAGCAGAGGAUCGUCGUCAUCGCGUUCGUAUGUUGGAGGAAUGACUGGUGGUGGAGAUGAAAGAAGAUACGAAAGUAGAGAAAGUUGGAUUUAUUAUUAUAUACCAAGAUUGAUUGUUGCUGCACUUUCUGGAGCUCUUACUGGCUUAUUUGCUCUUGCUGGAGCUUUUACAGGUGCAAUUACUGGUGCAUUAGCAGGUCGUGCUUCUGAUAGUGGUGUUCUUCGUGGAGCUGGUCUAGGAGCUGUUGCUGGAGCCAUCCUCUCUGUUGAGGUAUUAGAAGCAUCACGUGCAUACUGGUGUUCAGAACGAUCCGGUUCCCGGACCUCAUCAUCCAUGGCAGAUUUCAUAGAGGAACUACUCCAUGGCCGUUUUGCACACCAACAGUUUGCACCAAUGUUCACAGCCUAUCGCUUGCAGGUAAGCAUCGGCAACGUAAGAUAUGAUCAGAUGUAUGAUGUUCCUAAUGAAGUUGCAUCAAAGGGUUUGUCUGCCGAUUCUAUGAAAAAGCUCUCGUACCACGUGGUAAAAGAUGAAAAGAGAGGCACCAGUGAUAGCGUCUGCUGCGCGAUUUGCUUGCAGGAAAUUGAAGUGGGAGAUACUGUGAGAUGUCUACAGCGAUGCCGGCACACGUUUCAUUUGGCAUGUGUGGAUAGAUGGUUCCUUGGCCAUGGCUCAUGCCCAGUGUGCAGACAAGAUGUAACUUUGUAAUCUCCGUUUUUUUGUGUGGUUGAAUACGGAGUGGGACAUGGGUGCGGGUAAUUAUUCUGUUUUGUUCCUAUGGUAUCUCUUCCACUGCUACAUGUUUAACUAGUAUGUAUCGCCACAUGUAAAAUGUAUAUAUUCUCGUGUAAUCUGUACACGUCUAUAUUAGUGAAGUUUGUGUCAUCAAUUCAAUAGAAAGUAUAGCUACUUCUUUGUGUACACUUAUUUUGUACUAGAACCAUAUCAGUGAAGCUUGUGUUGUAAAUUCAGUAGAAAGAUAGCUACGCCUGUGUACACUUAUUUUGUACUAAACCGUAACAAACACUUGUUGGCUGAUAUUUUAUGAAAA